AAAAUCGGGAGGUGUGCACCGUCUGGUCCACAACACCCUCCUCAAACUGUCUUUAAUUUAAUUGCUUUCUACAAGAACUUUGUCCAAAAAUGGCUAACCGAAACAUGCAUCAAGCGACCAUGCAAAGCAAUAAUUCCCCCCAACCAGCUUUACGCACCACCGACUCCUCAGAGGAGUCACCGGUGAACAAAGACAGUCCAGAGCCGAAGGAGGAGCCUUCUCCGGCGGCCGAACCAGCGGAAGGAGCCGGGGAAGGCAGCGAGGAACCCCGGGAUGAAAUGACCCUGGAUAUCAAUAGUUUUAGGAAGCCUGGGGAGAAGACUUUCACCCAGAGAUCACGGCUGUUUGUGGGCAACCUGCCUGUGGAUAUCCCCGAGGAAGAGUUCAAAGAUAUGUUUGCUAAAUAUGGAAAUGUCAGCGAGGUGUUUAUCAACAGAGAGAGGGGCUUCGGCUUCAUUCGCUUGGAGACACGGACACUAGCAGAGAUUGCUAAAUGUGAGCUGGAUGGGACUGUGAUGAACAACCGACCAAUCAGGAUACGCUUCGCUACACACAGUUCUGCGCUGACUGUGCGCAACCUGUUGCCUGCAGUGACCAAUGAGCUGCUAGAACAGGCGUUUUCUGAGUUUGGGCCGGUGGAGCGGGCUAUUGUGGUGACAGAUGACCGCGGUCGUCCCACCGGGAGAGGCAUUGUGGAGUUUGCAAACAAAGCGGCUGCACGAAAAGCUCUGGAGCGCUGCACAGAGGGAGCGCUGCUGCUGACCAACACACCUUGUCCAGCUAUUGUAGAGCCCUCAGAGCACUUUGAUGAUGAGGACGGACAGCCUGAGAAACUGCUGCACAAGACACCCAAGUACUAUAAGGAGCGAGAACUGAAGCCACAUUUUGCCCAGCCGGGGACUUUUGAGUUUGAAUACUCGUCCCGCUGGAAAGCCCUCCAUGAGAUGGAGAAACAGCAGAAGGAGCAGGUGGACAAGAACAUCAAAGAGGCCAAAGAGAAGCUGGAGGCCGAGCUGGAGUCAGCCAAACACGAACAUCAGCUCAUGAUGAUGAGAAAGGAUCUGAUGAGGCGCCAGGAGGAGCUGAGGAGGCUGGAGGAGCUCCGCAAUCAGGAGCUGCAGAGACGACAGCAGAUAGAGAUGAGGCAUGAAGAGGAGAGGAGGAGGAGAGAGGAGGAGAUGAUGAGGCACAGAGAACAGGAGGACCUGAGACGUCCAGCAGAGGGAUUCAAACCAAACUACCCGGACAACAGAGAACAGGAAAUGAGAGGUGGGGAGAUGGGCCCCCGUGGAGCCGGUAACAUGGGAGAUGGAUAUAACCAGGGCUCUCCGGGGCCCAAUGGUAACCAGGGUCAGAUGAUGGGCAUGAGUGGAAGGGGAGCAGCCAUCGGCCCAGAGGGAACGGCAAAUAUAGGGUCGCCAUUGAUGUCGGAGAACGGAGCCAUGCGGAACGAUAGGUUUCCGCAGGGAGGACCAAUGGGGGGGCGACCAGAAGUUGAAUCCCCAAAUCAGCAGCAACAGCAACAACAACAGCAGCAACAACAACAGCAACAGCAGCCACUGGGCCCUCAGGCUGGACAGGGCCCAGGAUUUGGGAGGGGGAGUCCAGUAGGGGGUGCUUUUGAUGGACCAAAUAACAAACGCCGCAGAUACUAACUCUUCGGGACACAACCUCCCUUUGUGACUGACCCAGUCCCAAUCCUCUCUUUCUGUCGUACGUACGUCCACUUCACUCCCCGUGGGAAAUGUGUGCCGGACAAAGCGGACCCACGGUCUGACUUUAAGGCGUCUAUUUUGUGGAUGAAGUGCUUUUUAACGCGAUAUUUAUAUUCUAUAUCUUUGAACCGAAGAUGGUUUCUGAAUGGGACGGUUGGUGCUGUUUCCUCUGCUGAAUCCUAAAUGUGGGAACAUUUGCUAUGGCUGCUAUCGUCUGGAACAGACUUUAUGAAACUGCUGCAUUGAGUGUCGCAUUUUUAAAAAGCCAUUUGAGAACAAGACUCUCAAACUGAGAAGUCGUGUAACAUUAGAAAGAUGUUCCUGGGAGUGCUUCCUUCAAACACAGACUGUGAGCUAAAUAAAAGUUCAAGAGUAAUAAACCAUUCGUAGGAAAUUCUGUCUCUGUGAUUGGAAGUACUUGUCAAACCUCCGUACACUGAACCCUUUUGUUUUGUUUGAGUCAGAUCCUGAUAAAUGUCUUGUGGUUACUACAUGUUUUGUACUGUAAUUUCCUUUAUACAGCAUGCUGUAUAAAUCCAGUCCUCUUGUGAAAUGGAAAUAUAAGCAAUAACGAGUUCAACACAAAAUCUGAUUAACCGUCAAGAAACGUUAUUUAUUAAAUGUAGAAAAAAGUCCUUA